GUUUCCGGUUGCGCAUGUGCAGAGUGAUUAUGAUGGCCGACGAGAAGGUGGAAGUGAAGAUGUAGAUGGUGCUUUAUGUCAGUCAUCUAGACACACCCACUCUUCGUGUAUUUUAACAAUGGAUACCACGAGAGGAUAAAUUACAAAUAUUGAUUAUAACUGGCCUUGACCUACAAACCAAUUACCUAUAGAAUAUUUCCUCAACUUUCAUCAGUCAAGAUUAAGUGUUAUGUAAGGACCUUCUCACUGGAGUUCGGAGUGACCCUGACCCCAUGGAAGAGCCAGCAGGGAACCCCGCUCCAGGCAACAGGUCAGAAAACUCCAAGAUAACUCUGCCUCAUCAGCUGACGAAUAUCCCUCCGGCCUCAGAGUUCCCUUCUCUCAGACCUCGCUGGAACACCAAUGAGGAGAUAGCAUCUGUGCUGAUAGCAUUCGAUCGUCACAAAGAAUGGCAGAUCAGAGAACUCAAAAUCAGGCCUCCGAGUGGCUCCAUGCUGCUGUACAGUCGGAACAAGGUGAGGUACCGCAAGGACGGCUACUGCUGGAAGAAGCGGCGAGAUGGCAAGACCAUCAGGGAGGAUCACAUGAAGCUCAAAGUGCAGGGGGUGGAGUGUAUCUAUGGCUCAUACGUGCACUCGGCGAUCCUCCCUACUUUCCAUAGACGCUGUUAUUGGUUGCUCCAGAAUCCUGACAUCGUUCUUGUCCACUACCUGAAUGUCCCCUACCCUGACAACACCAAACUGAGCAUUCCUGUUUUAUCUUACGACAUGGAGAAGAAAGAAUGGACCAAGGAGGAACUUGUUGAUCAGCUCAGGCCGAUGUUGGCGUGUGGCAGGAGAGUGGAUCUUGGUCCUGAGCAAGAACACAUGGUUGAAGAAACAAUUGAAGACUUUGUUCAACAGUUGAUUAACCUUCGGCAGGACAAAUCAGGCAAAGCCAAACCCCACAAAUGCACUCCUUCCUGUGACAAAAACUUUCCUCAUUCCAAAUGCACCAAGGACUCAUCACCUCCUAACACAGCCAGCCUGGCACACAAUCGCCUAGUGUCCAUGUUGCAGCGCCACACCCAACGCAGCGCCACCCAGUCGGUAGCCCCGCCCACUCCCGAGCUUCACACCAGCCAGGUGGUGAUCACGCCCACUACGGCCCCCUCGUCCAACUCCACUCAAGACUUGAACCACACAGCUGCAGCUCCUGCUCCUCUCAUUCUAAACCUAGCAAGUCUCCACGGCAGUAACGGUCUGAUCUUUGUCAGCGGACAUAACACAUCACCCAUCUCCAUCAUCAACAACUCUCUCACCACGCCCAUUCACACCAUCACCGCGGCAACCCUGGACACGCAGGGCCGUUUCCCUCAGCCUCAGAUACUCCAAACCAUUCCCCAAGUGCUUGCUGGUGUCAAGCAGGAUGAUAAAUUGUCACAACAUAUUCACAAUCUCCAUGCGCAUGACUCGAACAGAAAGUCUCCCGUUCCGAUGAAUAUUGCAAGUGAUGCUUUGUUGGAGCUGGCAGGCACCCAGCAGGAUUCGAAGGAUCUUUUUCUCGAUCAAAUGUCAGCUACAAUCUCAGAUACUCAGCGAAAUCUCCACAAUACAUUAGACUCGCUCAUUCGCGGGGACUGCUCGCACACUGUGGGAACACUAGUGAAAGAUAAUUCGGGGACUGAUAAUUGUGAUACUCUUGAUGGCAGCUUUUCCUCAUUUCCCAGUACUGAUCUCAAUCUUGAUUAUCUUCUCGACUUGCCCGAACUUUAUGACUGUCCUGAUUUGCCCGACACAAAUGCAAGUCUCGGGACGUCAAGUGGCGGAAUGCCGACUUCUGUCCCGCUCAUCAAUUGUGCUAACUGCCUCAGCAACCAACAAGCUCAACAAUCACAGCAGCAACGGGCAGAGUCGCAUCAAUCUUCAACAUCGACGUCUGCUACGUCAGACACGCAGACAGCAGACAACACUCACUCACAGACUGACACAGACAGCAGCUUCUCUCAGGGCGUCAUCACAGACUUCUCCCCUGACUGGUGCUACACAGAUGGUGGCACAAAGAUCCUGGUGACAGGCCCAUGGUUCUCCACGUCCACGUCCUACUCUGUUGUGUUCAACAGUAAGACGGUGCCUGCUACACUUGUACAGGCAGGGGUUCUCCGGUGCUUCACUCCAGCACAUGACGCCGGCCUGGUAACGCUGCAGGUGGCCAAUGAUGGGUUUGUCAUCUCCAACAGUGAGGUGUUCGAGUACAAGGCUCGGGAGAAGCACAGCACGCAGUCAGCUCACAACGAAUGGUUCUCAAUGGAUUCGACGGAGAUGAAACUGCUGCUGGUGGAGAGGUUGGAACAACUGGAGAAGAGGCUCAUGCCAGCUGACAAGAACACAACUUUCCUUGACAAGCAGCAUGCCCUGAAUGUUGACCAUGAGAACACCGAGUGUCGUCUUGUGCAGUAUGUGGAGCACCUGGCUGGUCGACCCUGGCAGAAACUGGAGACUUACCCCAAGGCUGGCCAUGGCGGACUGACUUUACUUCAUCUUGCGGCGGCCCUUGGCUACGCCAAACUCAUCAGCUCACUUGUUAGGUGGAGAUCUGACAUCUCUAAUUUAGUUUUAGAAUAUGAAGUUGAUGCUCACAGUGUGGACAACCAUGCCUGUACUCCAUUGAUGUGGGCAUGUGCAAGAGGAAAUAUUGACGCUUCACUGACGCUGUAUCAUAUCAACACGGGGCCACUCAGCAUCUGUAACAAGGAUGGACGUCUCCCGCUCACCGUUGCCCGAAGCAAGGGACAUCACAACCUUGCCAAUCAAAUCGAGCAGUUGGAGCAAGCUCGUCUGCAAGCCCCGCCCCCUUUCCCCCCAUGCACAUCCACAGCAUCAUUUGCUGGCGCAACUUCUUCUUUCACAACCUCGGACUCUAUCACUGCGUGUGAACUGUCACCAACUCCUUGCCAUAUAUUCCCCAGUUCUCACAAAAACAUUUGUGAUGAGAAACAGGAAAACCUUCACAUCGACAUACCUCCUCCCCCUCCCUACCCAGGGGAUUCCAAGCUCGUCCGGCGACUCAGUGAACAAGUCAUUGGCACCUGUCAUCGCCAACUUAGCAAACGCUAUUCGGUGGAUAUAUUGCCGAGUGGGGCAACAAACGACCAGACCUCGCCCCAACAUGACGCUUUUCAGAAGCCAAUUCGGGAGGCCAAUUCUGAGCCACAUCUGUCAUUGGUUGGUGAUCAUCCAAUCAGUGCAGUGACGGACUCUGCCUUGCUACCAGUUGCUCAACGUGAUCUGGCAUCGCCAGAUAUUCUCAUGCAGACCGAGUCUUUGCUCAACACCAUAGCGACGGAGUCUGGGAAGGAGACGGAUGGUCUCCUCAUGCAGAUGGACACAGAUGAGGUAUCAUCGGUGCGGAGUGACAGCCCUUUCAUUGAUGUAGAAAAGAUCUCAUCUGACGAGGAGGCGGAACACAAGGCAGCUGUUGCUGCUGCUGCUGCUGCCGCCGCCGCUGCUGUAGCAUCUGGUGAAGGUGGGGAUCAUGAAGGCAAGAACCAAAUGGUAACCCUCGCCAACCAGAUCAUCGCAGCCAUGCCGGAGCGUAUCAAGCUGUCUCCUGCCAAGGAGGAAGAGUGUGGAGUGAGCAGUCGAGCUCGGAGUGAGUCCUACAGCUCGGCCCCGUCUCAAGGCUCACCUCCCACCUCAUCCUUCGGGGAUGAUUCUGGAAUCUCAACACCCAUGACAGAUAGUCUGGCCUUUGAUGAGUACAGGUACACAGACCUGGGCACCCCUGCCUCGUCCCUGAGCCCGGACUCUACCUGUCUGCCCAGCCCCUACAGCCCCUACAGUUCCUACAGUUUCACUCUGGACUCCCCGCCCCCCACCACUGCUGACUUCACCGAGUACUUCAACGCGCCAGCCACGUACAUGGAGAAGGACUUUUCCCAACUCACACUCUCAGAUCAGGAACAGAGAAAGCUGUACGAGGCUGCCAAAGUGAUCCAGAAUGCGUAUCGGCUGUAUCGGGAUAAACAACAACUGCAGCAGCAGCGACAGAAGGAGAUAGAAGCCGCCAUCUUGAUCCAGAGCUACUAUCGGCGAUACAAACAGUAUGCAUACUUCAAGAAGAUGACCCAGGCAGCAGUGUUGAUCCAGAAUCAGUUCCGGAGUUACUACGCACAGAAACGUCUCAAGAAGAACCGAGACCCUGCGGCUGGCCUGCAGCGACAAGGACCGGAGAGACUGAAGAAGGGCCGCAACCAGUCCGUGAUCAUCCAGCAGAGAUACAGGUCUCACUAUCAGAGGAAGACGGAGAAGGAGGGUCGACAGUUGUCGGCUGAUGCAGCAGAUAGAGAUAUAUGGCAGCUUGUGCAUGCAAUUAGGCUCCCCACCCCCCGAGCAAAGCAGCACAUCCAGAGACGGAACCCCACCAGUCGAUGCUGAGCCAGAUAUCCCCUACCCAGAAGAAGAGGAUGGGUGAGCCACCGUCAGGGACAGACACGCCCACCCACUGCUGGAUCCGUGACUGGGCAUGGCUGUUCAUCUUGGUGACACCCUCGGGAGGACAACCUCUGUCUGAACCACAAUGCCCAUGUCACGCUGUGUUCAACUGCUUAGGUAGCAAUGGCCUCCGGAGGACUUGUGAAGGAACAAGCUGUCGUUGUUGUCAGGUUGAGCCGUGUCGUUCUUUGACAUGCCUCGUCAGUAUGGGUUGGGACGUGAUGUAAAAGGGUGUGUAGCCUAUGUAUGUGUGACACCGGCGUUGUGAACAAGCUGUGGAAAUAGGCUUGCUGUGAAAUACCCACAGUUUCAGCCCUUUGCUGUUUCAAGUUUGUCAUGGCUCGUCGUGGACUUUCAGGUUUGAUUCGUGACAAAUAGCUGCCAACUGUCCCAUUUUUUUAAUGUUUUUGUUACGAAUUUGCAACUUUUGUCCUUAAUUCCUGUUAAGAAUAUGCCAAUCUACAUAAAAAUAUCACAAGGUUUCAAUUUUCAUAGACACUGAUAAAGAGAGGGUCAUUAUUUAGCCUUACACCGUCAGCUAUAAAUGCUUCAUGUUUAUCGACUGGUAUAUCAUCAUAUUUAUAGGGUUGCAUUUGUUCAAUUGAGACACUCCACGGUAUUAUUGAAAGUUGCUUAAGUCGAGAUAGAAACAAACUUUAAAAUUAUGAACUGAGUUUCGGAAUCACAUGGCUGUAUUGUAUUGUAGUCGAUUCAUAUCGUCUGGCUUUGUUGUCAGUUAAAGAAGAUUGUUGGAAAAUACUAAACUGGGAAAAUUGGCAGCUAUGGUGACAGAUCCUGCCAUUUAAGUUCAUGUUUGUCAGCCAAUGUAUCAGUGACAAGCAUGAGCCACAUUGAUAUGAACAGGUCUUCAAUUUUCCAAUGGGGAAAACGUGCAGCUGAUUGACUCUGGACACGCCCAUCCUCCACUGGACUCUCCGCCUAGUGGCCCCGCCUUCUCCUCAAGGGUGCCCCGCCCUCUUCUCUACCCCUGCUGUGAUUGUUUCUUCAAGCUGCACCUCGCAGACACUGCUCAACACUGGACUACUCUCUGUUCUCAAUUGUUUCCGCAACUUGAGAUGACUCAUCAACGUAUUCAACAACAAGUGGUUUACCUCAACAGAGAAUCAGUGGGCGUGGUGGGUAAAUGACAUUUCAGCAGUUUGACAAGUUGACAGGUAAACCUGCAACAAUGAGAUAUGAUUUGACAUAAUAUUGUUAUGUAGAAACAUUAACUAUAUCAUAUUCAUAAAAGGUAUAUUUUCCUGCUUGUGUGUUUCAGCAAAUGGUAUUAUUUCAGUCCAGAUAUUUCUUAGUUCCAAAUAAUUUGAUAAUUAUUUUAUGAAAUUAUCGGUGAACAGAAUUCUAUGAAAUGAUUGUUUGGGAAAUUCCAUCAAGACAGAAUAUGAACUGUUUGAUAGGUAUAACUUUGAAGUUGACGGAUGACAAAGUAGAGAUAACAUAUGGAUAACUUCUUUAUUAACUGUAAAGGCGAUGUUUGCAAUGACAACGGUAUAAGAACAAUACCGAAACAUUGCCUUUACAGUAAAUAAAGGCAUUAAUUAACUCUACUUUGUCAAGACAGAAUGUAUCUAAAUUAUUCCCCUAAGAACUUUAUUCAGUGAACGAAAUAUUGUUGGGAAAUGUUUCUGAAGAACAUUGUAUUAGCAGUCCAAAUGUCAAGAUAUCAGGACAUGCAUGUCACAGUGUUGUAGUAGUAGAGUAUUGGAAUCCAUUGGACGAGGUAGAAUACAGGUACUAAUGGCUCACUGAAAAAGUCAAAUUGUAAGGUUCUAUGGAAGUUUGAAAUCCUGAGACAACACAGCUGACAACUAGCCUUUGAAUAGCCUAGUAGUUUAAUUAGGAUUUGACUUCAAGAGAAAACUGCUUUAGGUGGCAUCCUGUUGGUGACAAUUGCCAUGAUCUUACCUCCUCCUCUGACUUCCUAUCUAUUGCACAACACGUGUCCGUCUUGGGCAUCUCUGUGUUUCAUUGACCCUACUGUCCUGUCCACUAGUUACGACUGGAGUGUUGCUAGCUGUGGUAUUAACCAGAGCAGUGUUCUUAACCAACAUCCACAAGAUGGCCCUUUUGAUUUUUCAAGGUCAAACAUGGUUGAUUGUUUGUGGCUCCUGACAUUGGUGGGUAUCGACGUGAUAUAAUUAACCCAAACCAUGAUGAGAGAAGAUUGGGAAGAGUGGCGCCAUAUUGAAACAAAUAGGCCGAACAAACCCUGGAGAUAGUUGCCUUUGUUCCAACCGGAACCUUUUCUGGUUAGAACCAAGGUUUGAUACAGUUCUCUGUUGGUAACCGAAGACAUUUGGGUUGUACAGCCGAUGGGUUGGGUUGUACAGCCGAUGAAACGCUCAUGUUAAGUCAGCUGUUGAUGGCUCACAGACAUAUCAUGAUGUUGCAUUCAGCAUUGUCUAUUUCCUGUUUCUGUGAUAAUUCCCCAUGUCCUACUUACGCUGUUAAACUGGUCUUUCAUUUCUCCACUUGUUGAUGACAUCAGUUCCUAGGUAUUAAAGAUGUUUCUUGCAUGUUACUUAACUGUUAAUAGCCUUGCUACUGACUCGUUAUGUUUGUAAUUAAACUGUACAGCCAGU